AUGCCUAUAACUAGAGUUGGCCUAAACUCUUCUUUCGAGCUGCAACAGAUAGCAGAUACCCUGGCUAAAUCUCGAAAAGUUGUUGUCUUGACAGGAGCAGGGAUAAGUACUAAUUGUGGUAUACCAGACUUCCGCUCAGAGGAUGGCUUAUACUCUCUAAUACAAGCUCAAUUUGAUUCUGCCAUGAAAAAUUCAUCGCCAAAUGAACUCAAAACCCCACGUACUGAAGAUCGACCCAGAAAAAAAAGAAGACAAUGGUAUUACGAAGUUGUAGCACCUGAUGGGAUAAUUCCAAACUCUCUAAAGCUCAAAGGUCGUGAUCUUUUCGAUGCCAUGAUAUGGUUGGACCCUUUCAAAACGUCGAUAUUCUACAUGUUUAUUUCUAGCUUCCGAGAAAGAAUAAAAUCAAUCAAAUCAACUUCGGAAACACAUCAUUUUCUCAGGCAACUUCGUGACAGUGGUCGCCUUGUUCGUACUUAUACACAAAAUAUUGAUUGUCUGGAAGAAAAAGAAGGCCUCUCUACGGAUCUCAAUUUAGGACCCGGAAAUCGGGCAAGAUUCAGCUCAAGAAAAAAGCAAUCAAUUCCUAAUGAAAACUUUUCUCGAGGUUCAGAUCAUUUCAGAGGAGUUGAAACUGUUCUACUACAUGGCUCUCUAAGUGCCCUUCGAUGUGGACUUUGUUCUCAGCUCUGUAAUUGGGACGAGGAUGGCCGAAGUGCUAUAAUAUCUAUCGGCUCUGCUCCGGACUGCCCCCAUUGUAUAGCUAACAGCUCAAAGAGAAAAGACACCGGACGACGGGCCCUCACAGUCGGGCGUCUAAGGCCCGACAUAGUUCUUUAUGGGGAAGAGCAUCCAAAUUCAUCUUUAAUAUCUCCCCUCGUCACACACGACCUAAAACUAUGCCCGGACAUUCUUUUAGUCAUGGGAACUAGUCUCAGGGUUCAUGGGCUCAAGGUCAUUGUCAAGGAAUUCGCUAAGGCAGUGCAUAGUAAGGGAGGUAAAGUUGUAUUUGUCAACAAGACAGGGCCACCCGAGAGUAUUUGGGCUAAUAUUAUCGACUACUGGGUCGAUUGGGACUGUGAUGAGUGGGUACUAGAUCUAAAGGAAAGGAAAAGUGAUAUCUGGCCGUCGCAAAGGGCAGCGAAUAAUGAUAAACUAAAUAAAUAUACGGAAAAUUUUUCCCAGCCGGAUACGAACGCGCAAAGCCCGACUGAAACAUUAGAAGAUAGGAAUAAUGGUGCCUAUUUCUCAUCUAAAAUAUUAGACUGUCUUGCGAGAGAAACUCUCGAUAUGCAAAAUUCCACCGGAAUAAAGUAUAAGAGACGAUCCUUUAAUUCGUAUACAAAUAAAUAUGUUGCUUUUACUGAGCAGGAGAAAUUCUUAUGCCUACCGAAAGAUGCCUGGUCCGACACGCCCAAAGAAUCAUUAGAGCUUUUUAUUCGGGACAGCGAGAAUGGACUAAAACGAAAGGCGCAGCCAGACACAUACGACUGUCGAAAGUCUAUUAAAUUAUAUUUGUUAAAUAAUUGGCGUAAAUUUUUUUCAGAGGCUAUCGUCGCAGAUGCAAGUUUUCUACGACCACCAAUAGUCACAGUUCCUCCACUAUUCCGUCAACCUGUCUCAGACCUUCUUGCAAACUAUCAUUACUAUAUACCUUCUUUCCUACAACAAAUCACCGCUUCAUAUGGGUAUUCCAGUAUACCAAUGCGAAAUCCGACAUUACUCGCCCGGGAAAUACUACGCCAAUACACGCCCCGCACUAGAAAGAAUUCUAAAUUAUCUACUUCUAGACAAGGAAAACUCAUAAAAAGAAAGACGAUCGUGUCAUCUGAUGUUGAGAAUGUAUUCGGUUUUAAUAAACCUAACAUAAUAUCACUCGAUGUUUGUGACUCCUUGAUAAUUCACAGCAUUUCCAGGAAUAAUAUUCAAAAUGAUGACACAAAUCUUGCGAUAAAUAAUUGA